AUGACGUCGCCUCACAACAUAUACGUCAUCAACCUUGCAGUUGGAGAUUUGUUAAUGCUGACUGUUUCUAUGCCUUUUAUGUCAACUAUUUUUACUUUUGAAACGUGGCCAUAUGGGGACAUCGUUUGUAAAUUAAGUGAAUUCUUCCAUACUUUGUGCUGCUCGGUAACAGUAUGUAUGUUGACAGCUCUCAGCAUUGAACGGUACAUUAUUGCAUCCGGUAGAUGUUCGGAACACCGAAACAGCAUGGCAAUAAUCGCUGUAUUUGUUGUCUGGGUAUACUCCUUUAUGUUUGCCAUUCCUGAUCUUGUGUCAGCAAAUCUGUAUAAAGACCCUGGCUAUGAAGUGUGCGUUCUGUACAGACAUUCGUGGGGCGAAGCCUAUGCUAAAACUAUGACAAUUCAGAAACUUAUUUUUUUAUUCAUUGUUCCAGUUAUGACUUCUUUUCUCUGCUAUACGGCAACUCUAAUCAGACUUUUACAAGUAUCCUCUAAUUCCUCCACUGUACAGAUCGACACUGCUAGAGAAGACGGCAAAAAAGUGCACUUAAUAAUCCUUAUAUUUAUACUAAUGAUUGUUUUUAUAUUCAGCUGGUUGCCGAGGAGAAUAUAUUUGAUGUGGUACUACUUUGAUCCUUCACCUUAUGACAAUUUUUGGCAUGUUAUGAAACUUACAGGAUUUUGUUUGAUGUAUGCAAAUUCUGCCUUUAAUCCGUUGGUUUUCUUUGUCUUAGAUCGCGAUUUCCGAAAAUUCUCGAUAUCGUGUUGUCACAAAUGCCGAACACAGCAAUACGCCCCUGUUGAUAGCGCCAACGCAAAGAAUGGUCAAACCAUGAUGCUAACAGGACUGACACGGAUAGAUGAAAUCGGUUCUAUGGUCUAAUUAGAUUAAGUUAUGUGCAGUAGUCUUGUUAA